ACGUAAAUUAGCCAUAAAAAUUAAACGCAUUCGAGUACGCGGUUCUGUAUGCUCAAAGUGCCAGUCAUUCAACAUUUUGAUAAUAGUUGAAACGUUUUGUCGUCAUUCAUGUUGUAUUAGAUCGUAUUAAAAAAAUACAAUGGGAGCUGUACGCGUAAUCAAUGAUGAUGGCCAAUUUUAUGGAGAAAUGGCUAGUGCGGGUACAAAAUUGGUGGUAGUUGAUUUCACAGCAACAUGGUGUGGUCCAUGCCAGCGAAUUGCACCAAUAUUUGAACAACUAUCACUUAAAUAUCCAAAUGCAGUAUUCCUUAAAGUUGAUGUAGACAAGUGUGCAGAAACUGCUGCUAUGCAAGGAGUUAGUGCAAUGCCCACAUUUAUAUUUUACCGUAACCAAACAAAAUUGGGAUUAUGUCAAGGAGCUGAUCCAACUGGAUUGGAAUCAAAAAUUCUACAAUUUUAUGGCUCUGGAGAUUUAGAGGAUUCUGAGAGUCCAGUAUCUGGACAUGUACGAAAUAGUGAUAAUGUUUAUUACCAUAUUUUUGGAAUGAUAUUUCUUGCUGCAAUGGAUCUAGCUACUUUCAUUACAAAAGCACAAUCUGAAUGUUUAAAUGAAUCUGAUGAUCACAAUUUCUUACAAUGCUUGAGUGCUGAUGAUGGAUAUUUGGAAAGUGAAUGUGAUGAACAAUUAAUAUUAUCUAUUGCAUUUUCACAAGCAGUUAAAGUACAUUCUUUAAAGAUUAAAGCUCCCAAAGAUAAGGGACCAAAAAAUAUUAAAUUGUUUAUUAAUCAACCUAGAACAAUUGAUUUUGAUAUGGCAGAUUCUAAUACAAGCAUCCAAGAUUUAACAUUAUCAGCAAAGGAUAUUGAAGAAGGUAAUCCAAUUGCCUUGCGUUAUGUGAAAUUCCAAAAUGUACAGAAUAUACAAAUUUUUGUAAAAGAUAAUCAAACUGGUAAUGAAGUAACAAGGAUUGAUUACUUAGCUAUAUUUGGUUCACCAAUUUCAACAAUAAAUAUGGGAGAGUUCAAAAGAGUAAAUGGUAAGAAAGAAGAAAGUCAUUAACAACAAAUAAAGAAUUGUAAAAGAG